GCAUGUGAGGCACAUCAGAAGGAAUCUGCUUCCUUACCAGCAAAUGUCUAUGUAAAGAAAAUGGUCCAGUUUGCACUGGGAAGUGUCAGUGAGAUAGAGCAGGUGGUCACCGAAGACAGCACAGCCUCCCAGCUGAACAGGAGUCAUGUGAUAAGGAAAAGGCUGCACGAGAAAAUACCGGACACCUCACCACUGUCCUCCCAGAUGAAUUUUCAUCAAGAUAAAGGGUCCAGAUUAAUGAAUUAUAGUCAGUCAACAGAAGAUUACAGACAACUCUCUGCGGACUAUAGUGACUCAAAUAGUAUUUCUGAAAGUGCAUCUUUGAUACUGUCUAACCGAGGACACAAGAGAGGGAAAGUUCCAGAGAUGCACAGGUCAUGUGACCCCACACUUAGUGGGUCAAGGACACAAAGUAGCUACAAGCUCUUCAUAAACAGGUCGGUCAGUGCUGUAGAAGAAAUCCCUGGUGGAACUCAGAAGAACAACCGACAGAACCUGUUAAGCCUAGGUUCCACUUUCUCUGUGUCUACAAAAGACUACACAGCAGCUGCUUCAUCACAGAAAUGUUUAUUCCACAGGAAGGAAAAGUUUUCAGGUCCAGAAUUUAUUAUUUUGUCUGGUGAACCACCAGUGACCUUGCAGCUGCCUGGAUCAAUUGUGACUAAAAAAGGGAAAUCCUAUUUGUCCCAAAGGGAUCUCAAUGUGAUUCUACUCAAUGGGCAGUGCCUCGAGGUGCAAUGUGACAUCAAGACCAAGGCAAGAGAUGUUUUCAACACCGUGGUGGCGUAUGCAAACUUGGUGGAACAUUUCUACUUUGGCUUGGCUUACCUGAAAGGUAAAGAAUUCUUCUUUCUGGAUGAGGAGACUAAACUCUACAAAGUGGCCCCAGAUGGCUGGAAUGACCAACCCAAGAAGAAAACCUCCAUCAUUAAUUUCACACUCUUUCUAAGGAUAAAAUUCUUUGUCAACCACUUUCAUGUUAUCCAGCACGGCUUGACAAGGCAUCAGUUUUACCUGCAGCUUCGUAAAGACAUUUUGGAAGAACGAUUAUAUUGCAAUGACGAGACUGCCCUGAAACUCGGCGCUUUGGCUUUACAGGCAGAGCUUGGCAAUUAUGCUUCUGAGAUGCAUGGAAAGAACUAUUUUCGUGUCGAAGACUACGUUCCAGCAAGUCGAAUAGAGAAAAUGACCCUGGCGUAUGUACAGCGAGAGCUUGCUAAAUUACAUCGUAUGAAUCGUUCCCUAUUUGAGGAUGAAGCUGAACUAGAAUUUUUAAAGGUGACUCAGCAACUUCCCGAAUAUGGAGUGCUAUUCUAUCGUGUGUCCCAAGAGAAGAAAGGAGCAGAAGGGGACAUAAUCCUGGGAAUCUGUGCCAAAGGCAUCAUUGUCUAUGAGAUCAAAAAUCACACAAGAAUUGCCAGUUUACGAUUCCAGUGGCGUGAAACAGAGAGAAUUUCAGCUCAUAGAAAAAAAUUCAUGAUUGAAAGCAGCUUCAGUGGCAAGAAACACACCUUCAUUACUGAUACAGCGAAGACAUGUAAAUAUCUACUGGACCUCUGUUCUGCCCAGCACAAAUUCAAUGCGCAGAUGAAUUCUAGGCAACUUCGGCAAACUUCAUCAGAGGACAGUAAAUUUGUGGAAAUAGACAAAUCAAAUUCUGCAUAUGCAGCUCAGCGUGAACACCUUGCUCUUAUCCAGAGACUGUCUCGUUCAGAGAAUGUGCUCUAUGGAGCAAAUCUGGAAAACCUUUCUGCUGGGAUGAUGAGCAAAUCUUGUGAUAACCUCAGUGUGGAAACCAACAACAGGAUGAGAGACAAAAGCAAUCUAGGCAGGUCCUUAUCAGGCCUAUCCCAGUCAGAAAUGCACAUCAAUUUGAAUGAAAAGCAAAGGAGCUAUGACUACCUCUCUAUCCAUUCAACUCAGAACACAAUCAGUGCACCUGCAUCACCAGCCAUUCAAAAGGAAGUUUUUCUAAGUGGUCUAGAAAGAGAAAUCAUUUGUGUCAGCCUAAAACGUGACCCUAAGAAUGGAUUUGGUUUUGUAAUUAUUGGAGGAGAAAAUGUAGGAAAAUUAGACCUUGGUAUCUUUAUCGCUUCAAUUAUCCCUGGUGGACCUGCAGACAAAGCUGGAAAUAUCAAACCAGGCGGACGACUCAUCUCUGUGAAUAAUAUUAGCCUUGAGGGUGUUUCAUUUAAUACUGCAGUUAAAAUCAUACAGAACUCUCCUGACGAAGUGGAGCUCAUCAUCUCUCAACCUAAAGACUUGUAUGAAGAAGGAUUAAAUGAAGAAAAGAUUCUAUCAAGAGGAAACAGUACUAGUGGAUCUGAGAUCUCUUGUGUAGACAGUGGGAGAAAAAAGAUUCAGGAUUGUCAUACAGCUCUCCCCAAAGAACAAGACAUAAACAUAGAUGAACUUGAAAAGACUCUUUCCUGGAGUAUAGCACCAAAAUUGGGCUCUAGGAUUCCAGCUCCUUCAGCUGAUAGCCUGGAUGCAGAGGUAGCUGAUUCUGCCCACUUACCAUCUCCAUCAGAAACGAACUCAAAGGAAAUCUACACGGUGGAGCUUCUUAAAGAAGAUGGGACUUUCGGAAUCAGUGUGACUGGUGGAAUUAACACUAGUGUGCGUGAUGGUGGGAUAUACGUGAAGUCAAUUAUUCCCAGGGGACCAGCAGAUAAAGACGGACAAAUAAAGAUAGGUGAUCGUCUGCUGGAAGUAGAUGGCAUCAGCCUCUGUGGCAUCACCCACAAACAGGCUGUGGAACACCUGAAGAAAUCUGGCCAGAUUGCCAAGCUGGUUCUAGAAAGGGGAAACUACCAACUGGCAGAGCCAGGUGUGACUGCUAAUGACAGAAAGGAGGACCAAUGUGCAGUUGUUUCUGUGGCAACAUCCUUCACAGAUGGUACCAAGGACUACUGCUUUUUGACAGAUGAUAAUACAUUUGAAGUGAGAUUAACAAAGAAUUCUGGAGGCCUUGGAUUCAGUGUUCUGCAAAUGGAAGAAGAUUCUUGCGAACACCUUGGAGGAGCUAUUGUAAGGAUCAAAAGACUGUUUCCAGGGCAGCCAGCUGAAGAGAACGGAGAAAUUGAAGUUGGAGACAUCAUUUUAGCUGUGAAUGGGAAACCUCUUCGAGGGCUUUUGUAUCAGGAUGUCCUGCACUUGUUGAGAGGAGCUCCUCGAGAAGUCACACUGCUACUUUGCAGACCACCAAAAGGUGUUCUUCCAGAAAUAGAGCAGUUUGCCCUGACUCCAGCACCAUCUCCAGUCAAGGAGUUUGUGGCAGAAAUGCCAGGUGGAAACAGCAUGGAUCAAUCUACCAGUGAUGGAGGUAGUACCUCUCCAGACCUGGAAGACUGCCUGGAUUCUCCAGUGGCAGAAGAUUUCAGUGAGCCUCCUGAAGAUGACAGCUCAGCUUAUGAAGAGCAGGAAGCUGAGUUUCAAGGGAAGACCAUAGAGAAGUUCACGACUUCCAGGGAGAGUUUCUAUAAGCAUCUUUGGAAGUUUCAUCAAGAAGCUUCCAGUUCUGAAGUAUUACACUCCCUAGAGGAAGAAAUGAAGCAGAAUUGCUACUCACCAUGUGAAUUUGGACAGGUAAAAAGCUCAAUGCCCGCGGCUCCACUUUCACGAGGAGGAAGCUUUGAGACUCUCUCUGCGACCACUGCGACCCCACAAGCACGUGUUUGUGGUCCCUUAUCAUCAUCCCCACCUGCUAGAGAGACACAUGACAGUGAUAAUGAAUGGGAAGACUUGGAGGAACCAGAGGAAGAGAAGGAAGAAAAUGAAGAUUGCACUCAGGAAACGGAGAUAUUUGUGACUUUGACCAAGUCAGAGAACAACGGGUAUGGAUUCUCUGUAGUUCUUAACAAAGUGGAUACCUGCCUGUAUGUUGAUGAAAUCUUGAAUGACCCUGCUCUUUCUGAUGGAAGACUGAGAAGGGGAGACAGAAUCAUUAUGGUGAAUGGAAUUGAUGUCACAUCUUUACCAUGCAAUGAAGUCCUGACUUUACUGCAAAGCUCUCCUCCUGAUCUGCACCUCGUGGUUGGUCGUGCUGAAAAUGAUCCACAUCCCUCUAUUAGGCCAGAUGAGAUUCCUGUAAUUACUCUCACAAAAGGUGCCAAUGGACAGCUAGGCUUGAAGCUGACAGGAGGAGCUGGAAGCAAGUUACAAGGUAUUUAUGUGCUAGAGAUAGUGCCCGGCUCUCCUGCCAGUGUGGAAGGCAGUUUGCAGCCACAAGAUCAGAUUGUUUACAUCUGUGGACUAUGGACUGAGGGCAUUAGCCUGGAUGAUGCAGUGAGAGUGUGUGAAGCUGCCACGCAGAAUGUUCAAAUCAAAGCCACAAGAAAUGGCAAUCCAGUGGUUCCUAUAGAGCAGGAAAAUAGGCCACUAGCUGAGACAGAGAAAGCCAAUAUUUCUUUGUCAAAUGAAAACCUGAAUUCCAGAGAACAGCAUCUGUUGCAUCAACAUGAGAAACAUUUGGAGGAAACAAAUUGUGGUGCUGAGCAAAACACUCCUGAUUCUCCAGAAUGUAAAGACUUCAUUAUUAAGAUCGAGCUGGAAAAAGCAGAAAAUGGAAGCCUAGGAUUUGCACUGGUAGGUGGAAGAAAUGGCAGGGCCAUCCUAAUAAAAGCCAUCAGCCCAGACAGCAUUGCAGACCUAGAUGGGAGGCUUCAAGUUGGUGACAUUCUACUUAAGGUGAAUGAGACUUUUGUCUCUGGUCUGCCACGCCAAACAGUUACGGAUUUGCUGCGCAAGGCUCAAGGAACCGUCCAACUCACAGUCUGUCGAAGUGUGGCUUUGCACUGGGCUUAUUCAGGCAAUCAGAGUAACAGACCUUCCCCCACAAACACAAAAGCAGAGCCUGCUAGUGCUGAGGAAAGUCUGCGAGCUCAACCUGUUUUCAGUUUCAAGAAAGAAGGCUCCAACCAGAUGUGCAGUAAGCUGCAGGAUCCAGAAAGUACACACAAUUCUCUUCAAGGUCAGCUGGCUGGACAAGACUAUAGGGAUAUCAUCAGUAACAUUUCAGACAGGUCACAGAAAUAUUCAGAAUGUGAAGGCUGCGGAAGAGAAAAUCAUCAGUCUGAGUCAGACAGCUGGAACAAUGAAGAUGAUGUUAUGCCCCACAGGAUUCCUGUUCUACCUAGAAACAGAACCUUUGCUUCUGGAGAUGAACUGACUCAGUUAAUUAACUUGAAACCAUCACGGUCUGGACUAGAUCCAAGGACUGGCAUCACAGGUCUUAUUCAAGGCCUUCAGUUGCGGAUUGAGAAUCAAGAGGUGUUAAAGGAGUUUAUGGCUUUAGAACAUGUGAAACCAAUAGAUGAGUGCAGAACUGGCAAAGCACCAGAAAACCGGCAUAAAAACAGAUACCAAGACAUUCUUCCAUAUGAUAAGACACGAGUUCCUCUGGGAGAAAAGAAUGGCUACAUUAACGCAAGUUAUAUUAGAAUGAAAGUUGGAGAAGAGGAACAUUUUUAUAUCAUAACCCAAGGGCCUCUGCCAUCCACUAUGGCCGAUUUCUGGCAAAUGGUCUGGGAGAGUGAAUCAAAUGUGAUUGCCAUGAUGACAAAAGAAGUGGAGUUAGGGGAAGUCAAAUGUCAUCGAUACUGGCCUGAGCCUCCCAAUGAUUCUAAAGACCUGGCAAAUUUCCAUCUCAGGCUAGACAAUUACCAGAUUCUGGAAUACUUCGUAAUUAGAAAAAUAGAAGUGAUCAACAAGCAGACAGAAGAGAAGCGCUUUAUAAGUCAUUUGCAAUUCACCACUUGGCCAGACCACAAUAUUCCCAAACUGGCCGAGCAGCUUGUAAAAUUUAUUUGUCACAUGAGAAAAGCUCACAGUACAGGACCUAUUGUUGCUCACUGCAGCACUGGCAUUGGAAGAAGUGGAGUUUUGCUGUGUAUUGAAAUUCUGCUCAGCUAUAUAGAAAAAGAUUUAUGUUUCAACAUCAAGGAGAUAGUGAGGGAUUUGAGAGAUCAGCGUUUUGGCAUGAUCCAAACUAAGGAUGAGUAUUUAUUCUGUUAUGAAGUUGUGCUGGAAGUCCUUCAGAUGCUCCGAACAAUGGAUUCCUACUGACUACAAUAUGACUCUUCCCUGUUGCUUUCCCCUUGGACUCCAGGGACCACUCAGCAGUUACUUUAAAGAGAUGUUAAGCCAGGACAGAUGAGUGUUAUUAUGUGUUUUUUUAGAUUACUCUGAUUUCUAAGGCAUUUCAAAACCUUGCUUAACGCAUCCUGGGUAAGUCAUUUAAAUCUUGGCUCAAAGUUUGGAGAAGCAGCCAGCCAGCACUGCAACACUGCUGCUUUAAAUUGCCAUGGACAAUUUUUACAUUCUGUGUAAUAAUAUAUUAAUUGUUAUGAAAAUAUUUUGGGACUGUGUCAAGGAUAUUAGCUUUACUUUCCAGACAGCAACUAUAAAGAUCUAAGGUUUUGCUGGUGUUUGUGGAAGAUUAGUUGUUCCUCAUCUAUUGUUAUGCACUAUUGGCUUCUGGACUGCAAAGCAGUAUUUAUUAGAGUAGUUAUGCUCUUGUGUGGAAGGACUCAAUUUGAUUACCUUUGGUUGCUUGAACAAUGUAGAACCAUUUCCAGUCAUCACUCCAGCCUAGGGUUUUAUACCACCUUCAAUAGUCAUCUUAAAUCAAGAAACUAACAGUAAAAAUAGAAUGCCUUUAAACUCUCAUUGGUUCUCUUCAAAGGAAGAGCCCAGCAAUAUGCACAGAUGUAGAUGAACAGUAUUCUUUCAUUCUACAUCCGUGUAAAAAGGAAUGCAACACUAAGCCAGGUGAAAUGACUGUAUGUGCGUUGUGGCACAUGCAUACAUUUCAUCUUCCCCUGAUCCUUUCCACUGAUUAACUAUCUUGUAAUUCUUACCUAGGAUUUGAACUGAUCUAUGGAAAGUCCCACUGAUUUCAGUAGGGGCUGAAUCAAAUCUUUAAAUUAGAGUAAAGAACUCUCUGUACAGUUUAUUUCUCUUGUAAAAAGUGUUUCUGUUCAUGUGAAUGGAUUUGAGCACAAAUAUGCUGUUAAAGUUGUAAGAUUGCACUUGUUUCUAUAGUACUACUUUUAAGUCCUUUAUCUAGAAGGUGAUGUAUAUGGAAGUGAUUACAUGUCCAUUGGAAGAAUAACUUUUAAACACAGGAAACUUUAGCAAUCUGACUGAAUUGUACAUAUUUUUAAAAAUUCUUUGAUUUCAGGAAAAGAAAAAAAUAUUAAGAGGCAUUGGAUAUAAAACUGAAGUAGAAGCAAGACAAUAAAAUGCCUGUCUAUUUUCAUUAUGAAUAAGAGGCUUAUUUUUCAGAAAGAACAGGGGAUUAAAUGCUAAUUAAAAGUAUGACUUUUAGAAAAAUCCACUGUAAUAUAACCAUAAUUAAGGCCAAGGCCCAUUUUUUCUUUCUGGCCUCCAAUAGUCAGCUAGAAGGCAGCAAAAGACAGAAAUGCAGUUUGUUAUUUGAGCCAGAUGUUAAUUUCAAACAUAUUGAUAAAGUUUCAGAAUAAUGCUAAAUAAAUCCAGGAGUAACCCUGGAUUUAUAGUGGUAUAAAUAUAAGCAGAAUUCAAUGUUUUGUCUUAAAUUCAUUGCAUUUGUUCCUUUCUUUCAGCAUUACUUUCCAUACAUUCUGCAUUUACUAUCUUCAUGUUGCAUUUAAGGGACUGUUCGCACAAUUUUUUCAAAUGUCAUCAGCCAAAUUUUUUUCAUACCUUUGUUACUUUCAUUUGGUAUUUGGCCUUUCACUUUGACUUUAAUUACUGCACAAGUACUAGGCAAUGAAUGCACUACACUGCGCAUGAAUGCACAAUUGACUUUUUGUACCACAACAAUUUUAAUAAGCAUCUCUGAAAAUAUUCCUGUACUUGAUGCAAAGGUGUUUUUUCCUGUAGUUUAGAACAAGCAUUCUGGAUUUAGAAGACAAUCCUCACAGCAUUAUUUGUUUCUCCACAUUUGUGCAUCAUCUUUGCAGCUGUUUGACAGAUGUGUUUGCUGUUUGACAUAAGUUUUUCCUGUUUUACAGGGAUAUUAAAAAGAUUUCUGAAAA